AACCGUGUUCUUAAGUGGCUUUUGAAGCAUGGAAUGAUAUUAAUUUUUAGUUUUCAAUUGAUUUCAAUUCUUCUACCACAAAAAUAUUGCUGAAAGGGAGAAAUUGGGUAUUUUCAUCCUUUACAAGUGGCAGCUCAAGCAAUAAUGUUUCACAAGUUUGUUACAUUAGAAAUACUUUUCAUAUCUUUCCUCUUUAGUUGUUGUUACUCACAAGUUUUGAAUGAUGAUUGGCUCAGAAAGUACUUGGAAGAGUUGAAAGUGAUUUUGAAGAAUGGCGAUGAAGAAAUGGGAAUUCCAAAACUUGAUCCAUAUUUCUUGAACUACGAUGUUGUUAUAGAUAGACAGCCAAAAAUGAACGCUACACUUCAUGUUGAUGGUGUUCUCACAAACUUCUCAGAUUAUAUUGUCAGUUAUGCUAAAUUGGAGAAAAAUCUAUCUGUUUCUUUUCUAUUGACAUUUAUAAAUCCGACAUUCAAAGGAAGAUUCUCAAUAAAUGGAACUGCAAUGACAGUUAUACCUGUGGACAGUGAAGGAAUUUUACAGAGUGGUUUUAACUACUUGGCAAUAUUAGUGGAAUCUCAAAUUGUGGCUCAAAAUCAAACAAUUCAAAUGAAUGACAUUUCAUUUGCGUACAGCCUUGAUGACUUGAAGGUUACUGUUGAAGGACUUCUUGUUGACUUUGGUUUUACAUAUUUACUCAGAGAUGUUAUUUAUGAUGUGGUUUUUCCAUUAGUGACUAAAUAUCAAAAUGGUAUACAAAAUGCUAUACAAACUACACUUCUUAGUAUUGGUAAUGUUGAAUUAAAAGAAGUAGGACUUAGAUCAUUAAUUGAAAUGGUUAAGAAGAAAUACAUCUUUUAAAAUGUUUAAAAACAUGAAAUGUAAUGUUUUUGAUGAGAAUUUUUAA